UGUCAGUGAACAAAAUGGCAACUUACUGUCUGACGGUCUCCAGGCUUCAGUUGGCCCUGGGCCACGGAGCCCGACGCCUGCAUGUGGCAGCUGCUUACAGAGCCAAGGCCAAUGUGUCUAUGAGCAAGUUUGAGGCCACUUCCUUCGUCAACUACGAGAAGCUCCAGUCUAACAUUGACAUUGUUAGAAAAAGACUCAAUCGGCCACUCACGUUGUCAGAGAAGAUUGUUUAUGGCCACCUCGAUGACCCCCACAACCAGGAUAUCGACCGUGGUCGCACUUACCUGCGGCUGCGGCCCGACCGCGUGGCCAUGCAGGACGCCACGGCCCAGAUGGCGAUGCUCCAGUUCAUCAGCAGCGGUCUGCCAAAAGUGGCUGUGCCCUCCACCAUCCACUGUGAUCACUUGAUCGAGGCCCAGAUCGGAGGGGUGGAGGAUCUGGCCAAGGCAAAGGAUGUCAACUCUGAGGUGUACAACUUCCUGUCCAGUGCUGGGGCAAAAUAUGGAGUCGGCUUCUGGAAACCAGGCUCUGGAAUCAUUCAUCAGAUCAUCUUAGAGAACUACGCCUAUCCAGGAUUGCUGCUUAUCGGCACAGAUUCCCACACACCAAACGGCGGUGGACUUGGCUCCAUCUGCAUUGGAGUCGGAGGAGCUGAUGCUGUGGAUGUGAUGGCAGGAAUUCCAUGGGAGCUCAAGUGUCCCAAUGUCAUUGGAGUGAAGCUGACAGGAUCACUCUCAGGCUGGACCUCCCCCAAGGAUGUCAUCUUGAAGGUGGCCGGCAUCCUGACAGUGAAGGGAGGCACUGGAGCUAUCGUGGAAUAUCACGGACCAGGAGUCGACUCCAUUUCCUGCACUGGAAUGGCCACCAUUUGCAACAUGGGAGCAGAAAUUGGAGCCACAACCUCAGUAUUCCCCUACAACCACCGCAUGAGGACCUACCUGGAGAAGACUGGACGUGGAGAGAUCGCUGCAUUGUCUGAUGAAUACUCAGACUUGUUGGUACCAGACGAAGGUUGCCAUUACGAUCAGCUCAUCGAGCUCAAUCUGGAUGAGCUGAAGCCCCACAUCAACGGACCAUUCACCCCUGAUCUGGCUCACCCAGUGUCUGAAAUUGGUGCUGUAGCUGAGAAGAACGGCUGGCCACUGGAGGUCAAAGUUGGUCUGAUCGGCAGCUGUACCAACUCCAGCUAUGAGGACAUGGGCCGCGCUGCUUCUGUGGCCAAGCAGGCUUUGGAUAAAGGCCUGAUAUGCAAAGCUCAGUUCACAGUCACCCCCGGAUCCGAGCAGAUCCGUGCCACCAUCGAGAGAGACGGAUAUUCUCAGGUCCUUAGAGAUGUUGGUGGUGUGGUCCUAGCAAACGCAUGUGGGCCCUGCAUUGGACAAUGGGACAGGCGUGAUGUGAAAAAGGGAGAGAAGAACACGAUCGUCACCUCGUACAACAGAAACUUCACUGCCAGGAACGAUGCCAACCCUGCAACACACGCCUUUGUUACCUCCCCUGAGAUCGUCACUGCCAUGGCCAUUGCUGGCACAUUAAACUUCAACCCAGAGACAGACUUCCUUACAACCCCUAGCGGUGAGAAGUUCAUGUUUGACCCCCCCAACGGAGAUGAACUCCCGUCCAAGGACUUUGACCCAGGCCAGGACACCUACCAGCACCCACCUCCUGAUGGCAGCAGCGUCAAAGUGGAUGUCAGCCCUCAGAGCAACCGGCUCCAGCUGCUGGAGCCCUUCGACAGAUGGAGCGGCAGCGACCUGGUGGACCUGCAGGUCCUCAUCAAGGUGAAGGGAAAGUGCACCACAGAUCACAUCAGCGCUGCCGGACCAUGGCUGAAGUUCCGCGGUCACCUGGACAACAUCUCCAACAACAUGCUGAUCGGUGCAGUCAACAGCGAGAACGAUGCCAUCAACAAGAUUAAAAACCACCUGACAGGAGAUUAUGGAGGCGUCCCUGAUGUUGCCCGUCACUACAAGGCCAACGCUUUGUCGUGGGUCGUGGUCGGAGACGACAACUACGGCGAGGGCUCCAGCAGAGAGCAUGCAGCACUGGAGCCCCGGCAUCUGGGAGGCAGAGCCAUCAUCGUCAAGAGCUUUGCCAGAAUUCACGAAACUAACCUGAAGAAGCAGGGGGUUCUCCCAUUGACCUUCAGCGACCCAUCAGACUACGACAAGAUCCGCCCUGACGACAAGCUCAGCAUCAAGGGACUUGAAACCUUCACUCCAGGAACGCCUCUGACCGCAGAAUUGAAGCACAGCGACGGCAGCGAGGAGACCAUCAAGCUCAACCACACCUUCAACGAGGGCCAGAUCGAAUGGUUCCAGGCAGGCUCCGCCCUCAACAGGAUGAAGGAGCUCAUGCACUGAGGAAGAGGAGCAAGGAGAGACAGCGUGAAGGAGGAUGAGGAUUAUCAGGGGGGCGCUCCAUCAUCUGCAUUAGCACGCAGUUUGGACUGAAGUAAUGUGUCUGUGUACCUUGGAAAUGUUAGUAAAUUACUUCAGACUAAGUUUCAAGCUGAUGUCGAUCAUGGACCAUGGCAACGUUUCAGAGCCUAAUAGUGAUAACUGGUUAGAGAGAGACACACACACACUCAGACACACAGCUUUCAGCCGCUUGGUGACGUAACCCACCGCCAUGUGUUUUUGCAGCUGUUCAAGCAGGUCAGUUGAGCAUGGAAGCCACUUCACUCUGCAGCUGGAGGAUGGCAGUCAGUCACCUUGUUGCGUUAGAAUUGUGUUGCACACUGCAUGGAACUAAUCAGCUUUAACCAACCAUUAUCAUUCAAUCUGCUCCUGUAUUAUUUACAGUUCUCACGGAGAUACGAGAACACUGCUAUUUCUUUUGCAUCUAGGUCUGAUUUAUUGUUUUGUGAAUCUGUACUUGCAGUGAUCUUGUGGUUUCAAGAAUGUGUGUUUGCGCAAUUCAUUCAUCCACUCAAAUACUUCUGGGUUAGCCUGCCACCUACUGGUCAUGCGGAGGAACUGUUGUGUCCUCGAGCUUAUUCAAUCUAAAUCAAUGUGCAACUAAUGACAGCAGUCUCUCCUGCUUUGGAAAUGCAUUCUGGGAAAAGGUAGGAAGUCGCACGCAAGGAUGAGGCAGUUUGAUUUAACAACUGAAUUAAGGUGAGGGAGCAUAACUUGUGGGAUGUAUUGAUCACAGAUUGAUUAUUGUCCAAUAGUGUGACUGUGUUCAGUGUUACAUUAAUGCUUUAAUCCACCACAGUACAUAUUGUCAUUAUUACAGAGAAGAAUUAUAGGUAUUUCCUCAUAUACAAAGGUACUUGUACGCUUUAAUACUAUGUAAGAAUAUUUCAAUUUACCCGCUUCUUCCCAAACACCAUCCUUGUCCCACCCCCGAUCAAUCCUCAAACCUCUUUACAAGGUCAAACACACCAUAUGUUUUAUUUCCCCCCAUUGUUUAUAUAUUUAAACUUAUUCUCCUGCAGAAAGGUCCAGAUCAUGCAUGAAUUUUCAUAAAUGUUUCUGUUUUUUCUUGGAAAAUAAACAAACAGCAUAUGAGUUUUGCAAUAGUGGAUGAAAAACUGACAACUGAUGUUAUACUGUAAAUCACCACUUGUUUGAUGUAAGAGAUCCAGGUUACUGUGUUCGACGGUUGGAUGUGGUUAAAUGGAAAUUGACUCAAAGCCUCAACAUGGGAGGUUGUUGCAUCUGAUUUUUUUUUUUUUGGUCUAUACUUCCUCAGUCCCUGCAAACAAAAUGUCAAGUGAAUCCAAUGAAGGUUCACUUCCACCUCAUUCUUCUUUCCCUCUCUGUGUAAAGUGUCUGCUUCCAUGUACAUUUAUGUGUUGGUUUGUUUUUUCCCUUCCCUGAUUAUCUUUUCUGUGAUACAGAAAUGCCAAUGGGUUGUAAAAUAAAGUCACAGAGCUCAUUUAUUUA